UGUAGCUGCAUCCCCUGCUGUCACUAUGCAGACCACUGAGCAGCCUUCCAAGACUCAUGCUUUGUCCUGGGUUUUCAGAUCUUUAUGGUUAUGGCAAAAUCUUUCUUCAGCUUAUGUUAUAAUGGACUACCAGUUGGAUGAUUUACAGUCGACUGAAACAUGAUAUAUGCUUCUCCUCUUCCGUGUCCAUGUUUUAGGAAUAAGUAAAGAAGACUUGGAAUGUAAAUGUGCUGCCUUGCCAAAAAGAUCUCGUUUCAGUCGAACUGUCUUCCGUUGAAGUGGAUAUUGGUCUUUUCUCAUUGUUCCUCAAGUAGCUUUCAGUGGCCUACAUGCUGACGCAGUACCAGUUUUGUUUCCAAAAGAGGAGUUCACAGAAUUACACAGUGUCUGAUCCAACUAGCCGUUCUGAUGAUCCUCACUGGACCAUGAGGCUCUGGGAAAGAGGAGGGCAAGAAAAGAAGCAAGGCAGCAGCAAUGGAGGAGGGGUGCCUGCAGAUUCUUCAACUGAUCUCCUCCUCAGGCAUUCAAAAGAAAAUAUUUACAUGUCUGCUUGUGACAAACUAACCUACAAACUAUGUCAGAGAGCCACAAUGAUCAUGCAAAAUAACAGUUCAGCCUCACCCCUGUUUUCAAAUGUGAGCUCCUUCUGGAAGAGAGAUUCGCACAGACCAGGACUCCUUGAGGAAGCAGCAUCACUCAUUGGCAGCUAUGAUUUCCCUCAGACCACAGAGAGUUUUACCUUCUCCACUGUGGAAUCAACAAACAUGACCCUAAAUGCCACAAGCAAAGACCCUCUGGGUGGACACACUGUCUGGCAAGUAGUUUUGAUUGCUUUCCUCACGGGGAUCCUUGCCCUGGUGACCAUCAUAGGAAACAUCUUAGUGAUUGUUGCAUUUAAGGUUAACAAACAACUGAAAACGGUCAACAACUACUUCUUGUUGAGCCUUGCUUGUGCAGAUUUGAUCAUCGGUGUUCUUUCUAUGAAUCUUUAUACAACAUACAUCAUCAUGGACCACUGGGCUUUGGGAAGCUUAGCCUGUGAUCUUUGGCUCUCCAUUGACUAUGUCGCCAGUAAUGCCUCUGUCAUGAAUCUCCUUGUUAUAAGUUUUGACAGGUAUUUUUCCAUCACUAGGCCACUAACAUACAGAGCCAAACGAACAACCAAAAGGGCUGGGGUGAUGAUUGGUUUAGCAUGGAUAGUCUCUUUUGUUCUUUGGGCCCCUGCCAUCUUGUUUUGGCAGUAUUUUGUUGGAGAGAGGACUGUGCCUCCUGAUGAAUGUUUCAUCCAGUUUCUAAGUGAACCUAUCAUCACUUUUGGCACUGCCAUAGCUGCCUUUUAUUUGCCAGUCACCAUUAUGAGUAUUUUGUAUUGGAGGAUCUACAAGGAGACAGAGAAACGCACCAAAGAGUUAGCAGGGCUACAGGCUUCGGGCAGUGAAGCAGAGGCAGAACGCUUUGUACACCAGACCGGCAGCUCCCGGAGCUGCAGCAGCUACGAGCUGCAACGGCAGAGCAUGAAACGCUCCACUCGAAAGAAAUAUGGACGCUGCCAUUUCUGGCUCACAAUGAAGAGCUGGGAACCCAACAACGACCAGGGAGAUCAAGAUCAUAGCAGCAGUGACAGCUGGAACAACAACGAUGCUGCUGCCUCCCUUGAAAAUUCAGCUUCCUCUGAUGAAGAAGACAUUGCUACAGAGACCAGAGCCAUCUAUUCAAUCGUGCUGAAGCUUCCUGGUCACAGUGCUAUCCUCAAUUCCACGAAACUACCCUCCUCGGAAGAUCUGCAUGAGUCAGGGGAUGAACUGCAGAAAUCCCACACAGAAUCUAAGGAAAAGAAACCAAAAAAAUUGCACCCUCCCAAAAGUGUUCAGGAUGGUGGAAAUUUCCAAAAGAGCUUUUCUAAGAUUCCAGUUGAGCCAGAGUCAGAAGACACAACCACAGCUUCUGAUGGCAUCUCAUCAGUAACCAAGACAUCUGCAACCUUGCCCUUGUCCUUCAAGGAAGCAACACUGGCAAAAAAGUUUGCCUUGAAGACCAGAAGUCAGAUCACAAAGCGAAAACGAAUGUCACUUAUCAAAGAAAAGAAAGCAGCGCAGACACUCAGUGCCAUUUUGUUUGCCUUCAUCAUUACAUGGACCCCAUAUAACAUCAUGGUUCUGGCAAACACCUUUUGCAGCUGUAUCCCCAAAACUUUCUGGCACCUGGGGUAUUGGCUUUGCUACAUCAAUAGCACGGUGAACCCCAUGUGCUAUGCACUGUGUAACAAGACAUUCAGAAACACCUUCAAGAUGCUGCUGCUGUGCCAGUGUGACAAACGAAAACAACGCAAACAGCAGUAUCAGCAAAGGCAGUCUGUCAUUUUUCAUAAGCGGAUCCCUAGGGAGGCUUCAUAGAAUAGUAUUUUUUAAACAAUAAGAAACCAAUGAAACAGGGAUGAGAUGAGAUGGGACAGGAUGAGAUGGGAUAGGACGGGACAGGACGGCACGGGACAGGGCAGGAUGGGACACAGGACAGUAAGAAAUAUGACGGGAUGGGUUGGGGUGGGAGGGUGGUUCCAGGGUGCUGAUUCUAUGAUUUAAAUAUCAAGUCAUGAAAGCAGCUGCCAGACUUAUUUAUCCUUUCAAUAAAUCCAGUUUAAUAUAAAAAUCAAGUCUGCCUUCAGCAAAAACUAACAAACUUCAGUGUUUUUACUAAGGAAUGAAAUAUUUAAUAUAGUUUUCCUACAAAUUUGCAAGAAGCUGUAUAGCAGUUAUAAACCCAUUACUUAUCUGCCCAGCUCUUUGAUCAUAAUCAACUCUGAGAUCUCAGGUAAGCACAUUUAGCUAGCCCAGCUCUUCUGUUUCCAAGGAAUCCAACAUCUUUAUAUUCAAGUUACAUAGAGAGGUAGCAAGCUUGUGAAACAGGAUUAUGAAAUUAUUUGAGAGACUGUAUACGUUGAAAAAUUGCUUCUUGUUGUCCAGGUAGAGUUUCCUGUCUACUUCUCUUCUGGUGUAUUGUUAAUUGUCCCCCUGAUUCCUGAUCUCUAGGUAUCUAUGUGUGCAGCUCAUGUUAUAUAUAUGUGUGUGUGUGUGUGUGAGAGUGUAUGUAUGCAUAACAUACAUUCACACAUGUAAAAUACACACAUACUGGGAAAGAGGUGACCUAAUGUUCUAGGUUUUACAGGAUCCCUCAUCAUGAUUUCAUGUGAUUGAAAUUUUAAAAAGGAGUCAGAAAAUCAUGUUAUAUGUAUAUAGUUCAUUAUUUGCCACCCAAAACUCAACUUUAUCUCUGGAACCAAAACGUGAUGUCCACAUUUCAAAAAGAGAGAACCAAAGUAUAGCCUGUGAGCCUAACAGUCUACAGAAUUUUAUAAUGGGGUAGAUGCCCAGUAAAACCUUAAUCUUGAGCAUAGUGUCUCUCUGGAAUGUGAUCACACCUCUUUAAAAGAUAGAAACGUGAAAGGAACUGAGGGCUACAUUUGGGAAAGAGUUUGAAGCUAUCUUUGUAGGGCGUAGGAUGAUGGAACUCCAGAUCAGGGCUGCACAGUACUGAUGCCCAGAGGGAGCUGCUCAGGAGCCAGGCAGGCACAAUCAUCAGCAGAACCCCCAUGUUAUGCUGGGGGGUCUGUGCUGCUGUUGUGGCACACACGGGUUCUGCAACACCUCGUCCUGAGUUGCACCAUGUGGACGCACCACCAUUCUCGGAGCCAGCUCUGAUCUAAUGUGCAGUAUCUCUACAGCUUCCAAUGAAAGUUCAAGUUACAAUUUUCUGACAAAACUUGGUGGAGCCCCCCUGCUUGCACUGUCUGCCCAGGUGAUCUUCAGAUGCAAAAGAUUUGUUUAAAAAAAAUGCUUUAUAUUUGCACAUGAAGGAUGGUCACUAAAAAGUGUUUCUUUUCCAGAACCUGUUUUAAAAUCAUCAGGAGAAGCGCACCUAAAUCCGUUUGACGCUAGGUUAUUCGGUGUUGCGAAAAAUGUGAUAUUGCCAAUUUCUAACCUGGCAAUUUUUGAUAAAGACAAUUUUAAAAGGGCUUUAAUAUUUAUAGCUUAGACAUAACCAGUAAUUCCUGGUGUUUGUGAUGUGGUCUGCACCACAUAAAAAGUCACAUAUAAAAGUCAGAGGUCCCGUGGGGAAAGGAUUGUACUUUAAACUGUUGCUCUAAAUCUGAUUUAGUUACAUGUUGAAAGAUUAUUUUGUAUUCUCCUUUGAACUGACCAAAACUUUUUUUUUAUUGCUUAGACUCUUUAUUUUGCUGAAAAUAAAACAAAACAAAUAUCUUAUUUUACAAAGGGGCAUCAGUGUUGUGAACACAGAACUGAUGUUAAAGCUGCUUUUGUAUUCAGUGUGAGAUGGUGUUUACAGAUGAUUUUGACAACAGUGGAAAUAUAUUAAAUGGUGUCUGUGUAUCUGAACUAUUUAAUUUUGUGUUAUGUUCAUAUGAAGAAAUAUUUAUACAUAUUUCACCAAAUGUUUUAUUUAAUGUUGAUAAAUAUUGCUCUUCAGUCUUCAGCUGUAGUGUCCUUUUAAAGUGAUUCAUAAAGGUCUGCUUGAGAAAUGAAUAAACUACACCUAGUUUUCUUGUCACUGAAACAAAUACUUUCUUUUGUAUGAGUUGUUUUAAAUGUCUACCCUAAGGUAAUCUCAUAAAUAAUAUUGCAAGUCUACCGCAAGUUUUAGUAUAAAAUACAGAAAAAGUUAAAGCUUCGUCCCUAAGUCACUGAACUAAAGAUACCAGAAUUGAUUUACCAGUUUCGUAGCCACAUAAAACCAAAGCCUUUGCAACCUGUGUUGCAAAGAAAAUUAAUGACCUUUAUUUAUAGAAAGAAGCAUCUGUUUGAAAUAUAUUCAUUACUCAAGUUGACCUUACAAAUGUUUUAACAUUUAAAUAUAUAUCUAUAUCUAUAUAUAUUGCCAUAUUAUUAUAUUCUAAUAUCUAGAGUAGUGCUGUGCCCCUAAUACACAAAAUGUGAGAGCAUGUAAGGAAGCCAGAGUUCAUCAGGGGGAUUUAUGGUAUAUUAGUAUUGAUUUUACAAUGGGAAACUAUUAUUUUUAUUGAAGUUAAGCUUCCUUGAAAGCAUCCGUCACCACUGUUUACAUAAUAGGAAGAGUUAAAUCCUUGGAUUGUUUUAACAGAGAAAUAAAAAACCUGUCUUUUGAUGUGUGAACAGGCUUUAAAAUGUUAUUUACAGGCAUCAUAAAAUGUGUAUGUAUACACAUAUUGUAGCAUAGAUCAAUUUAGUUAUUUAUUUAAUGGAAUAUGCACUAUAAAAUAUUAAGGAUUUGGCUGUGUUACAACUACAGUGGGGGAUCGAGUUAAUUUGUAUUUUAUGUCUCUGCGUUUGCUUAAAACCCUUGCACACACAAAAAUUUUAGCUGUAUGCACAAGUGGGUAUAUUAUUUAUGAACACAGGCACACACAAUAGUUUGCAGAGGAACAGUGUGAGACCAGAAGGUACAAUCUGACACUGCAUUGGUUUUAAGAAAUACAAAUAAUGCAAUAGUUCAUCUGUUUUGAGGAAAAUUAAGUCAGAAACACAGUAGAAAGCAUCACUCUGACGGCAGACAAACAGCUCAGUCCCAUUAACACUAUUCACGUGGAAAGCUGCAUUUUCAGAGACGAGUGCCCAUUAAUUGCAAUAAUACCAGAUUAGAUUCCAUAUGAAGAGGAACCAAAAAUCAGAAGCGAUAGCCAGACAGGAGCAAUUGAGUAGUCUGGAGAAAUCUUUGUAGAAUAGACCCCAAUCACUGUCAGCCUCUGAAGAGACAACAAAACACUUUAAAAUAUUUGCUCGGCUUUAUCAAUGUAAAAUUGUGAUAGAAGUUUAUUACUUCUGUACCGGUAUAGGCAGUGGGAAAUAUCUGAUCCAAAGAUCCAGGAACAGGGCUCAUGGUGCAUGAAACACUUUUUCCUACCCCAGCAUAACACCCUUUCUGCAAAGGUAAACUGAAAAUCAGUGUGGCAUUGUUCUAAAGCUAAACAAAUAUAGGAAAGGCCUGAAUAGUUUCCAGGAUCUAAACAUGUGGAUCAGGGUAACCUAAACAAUAAAUGUCCUAAAGGAUUCUGGCAGUUUCAUGAAGAUAACCCACACAGAUUUUCUGAGACAGUUGAUGACCUUUCUCAGUUAUGUACAACUUCACUUUCUUAUUUUCUGUCUUGAUUAUUAUAUUUCCUUACUUCUUCUGCAAUAAUAUUCGAGAAAAUCUUAGUUCAUUAUCAACCUUGUUAUCUCAGUAUUGAAUACAGGUGCCAAAGUACACUUGGUUUGCCUCUACAGAGUGUGAACAUCAAAGGAUUUUUUUUUUUUUCCUGAUCAGCAUCAUCAGUAAUUUUGAAGACACAGUUAUCAUCAUGCUACCAUAUGUAUGGUGGGGAUGAUCAUACUGUGCCAUGUCAACCUAUUUAUAAACUGCUUGUCACUUGCCCCUUGCCAUCUGACUAUGCAUCCCUAUUCAAUUUUAUAUUUGAGAUUCUAAACCCUCAUUCUCCUCCAAAUGGCUCCUAGAGUCUUCCUAAUAUACGCUCUACAAGCUUCUCUUGGUACCAGGCUUUCUUUCCUUUCACAGUCCCCCUAUGCAAAGUUAUGUGCUCUUAGACUAUCAGAAGGCACCUUACUAAUUCCAGCAGUUGUAAUGUUGGGACCUGAUGCUUCUUUUCUAAAGAUGUAUAAGAACAUGAAAAAGAGAUGGAGCAGGAUUCAUAUAUUCCAGGUCCUUAUUGGUAAAAAUGGUCUUUACCGCAAGUUGACUGUUCACCAAGCCUGACCUUCUUUGGAACUCAUGGGAUGAUCUCUCCAUAAGAAUGUUCUACCAAGCCCCCACUAGCUUAAACUUCACCCACUUCAUGAAUCAUCAUGUAUUUUAAUGCAUUUGGAAAUUUUAAAAAAGUACAUAUUCAUUGUGAUAACUCUGAAUAUUUUUUGACCUCCGCAAAUCUACUGUCUCUUUUCACAACUUGUUUCCAGCUUCUGUGAUUUUCUAUUUUAUGUAUUCUUUUUAUCUUUUCUGUAUGUGCCCAUGCAAAUACCACUGCACUGGCUUCUGGGAGCAGGUCAAAGUGAUACCUAUUUGUAGAUUGCUUCUUGUGAGCCCCAGGGGUAUGUAGAGAUGUCUGGUGGAGCUGAGGUGUUCAUAAUGAUGUCUGCCUUUUCUCUCUCAUGCACUGCACUCCCAUGAUAAUCAAGUGCUUCUGUUUGGAAGCUUAGCUAAAGCAUGUAUAACAUUCAGGUUUUCAUGGAAUUAAAAACUUUAUUUAGUUAGGAUGUUCUUCCUCAUAUCAGGCAUAGAUCAUUUGUAAGUUCUGCAGUUUUCUACUUCUACCUUUAGGACCUGCCAGACAGUUAUUGGGAAAAAUGCUAAUUUGUAAUGUCUGAUACUUGGGCAUUUUUCUACUUCAGCUUUUAAAGCAAGAGUAUAGAUAAUCCAGUCAUGCUAUUUGUUGGAAACAAGUUCAGCAUGAAUAGAAAUGUUUAGAAUUAUACACUAUGUUUAUUUCAUGUUGUACGCUGUGGCACUGCAACUGGCUGAGAUUGACCAUCACAGUAUUUGGUACCACUGACAAUUUUUCACAGUCUUAACUGACAGGGUCAUUAGAUGUGCCACACUGGCAUUCAGGACUUUGACUACUCUUCACAAUGCAUACUGUACAUGCAAAAUAUAACAGAUCGUAAUCUUUUUUUUUCUCAAGAAAGAUCAUUGUAGUUAUUUCCAGAUACCUUCCUAGUUGUGCUUGAGGAUUUUUUUCUUAAUUUUGGAUAUUUAAAUGACUUGGGAGAGUUUCAGUCAACCCUGGCAGAGAUUGAAAAAUGGAAGGAGUAACAUGGGAAAACAUUAAGAUAAGUGUUACUUAUUUCACUACCUAUUCCAACUUGUAUUAUGUGGUAUGCAUAUUGUACCUAUACAUCUCUAUGCACUACAUAUAUCUCAGAAGGAUAACAUAUGUAUGACUGUACUGUGCAUGUACCUACAGAGAGACGUACGCGCAUCUAGAGCAAUGUAUACGUAUGUAUAUACAAACUUAUGCUGAAGUUGUCUGCAGUGGUAAACACUGCCUUUGAUGCCUCAUCAGUUGUAACUGGACAGUGAAACUGUGUUUUAGUCUGCUCUGCUUAUGUGCAAGAAAAGUUUCCACAUCCUUCCUUACUGCGUAUUUUUACAAUUGCAUUUUCUUUAUUUCUGGAUGUGGUGUUUUCAGUGUAUUGUGCUGGUUCCUCAGACAUUACCCAAAAUUUAGAAAUGCAUGACCAGAUUUCACUUAGUGAAAGCAUUGAUGCAGUAGUGAGCUACUGCAUCAAUGCUUCCCUAGGUUUAACUCUGUUAGUUUAAAAAAAAUCACCCUACGUUUACCAUAUAGGAAAAUAAAGGCCUCUUAAAGUAGAUUCUAUCUAGGUUCACAUAAGAGAAACUCCUAUGUUCAUGUGAACAUCACUGUCAGUGUCUGAGCUUGGGAGGAGAAAACCAGUCACUAUGAAAACAGUUUGAGGCAAAUGUCACAAACAUAUAAAGCAAGUCACCACUGCAAAUUCUUUAAGGUAAGAACAGCACUCAUCCCAUUAGAAAUGAGAAAAAUAAAAUUGCCAUCCUCUCUCACCCUAUCCUAUUGCUCUGCCCUUUCUGUUGCAUGGAAUAAUAAUAUUCAUGUACCAGUCCCACAGGUGGAAUUGUGAAAGCUUUAAAAACCUUGUUUGCCUAAUAGGUCUAAGAAAUACACAGUAUAUCUAGAUCAUUCACCUCUUUCUGGUUUUGUAAACAAUAAAACCUUGACUGAAUUCAGCUGGGAUGUGUGAUGCUGGCUUAAAGGAAGGCCUUCCGAAAGUGGUGAUAAAACCAUUUAGCCCAACUGUGAUGAGGAUAGCUAACUUUUUUUUCCAAGCUAGUGAAGCUAUACAAUUUACGUAACUUGGCAAAAAGUGUGGAAAAAAACUCAAGACAUUUAAAGGUUUUAUAGAUGUGAACAUCCUCCUUGCAUAAGGGUGCAUAAACACACAUGCCUAAAAAAGUUCAGAGUAUGAAUGAUUCUGUAAGCCAAAAGCACAUGUCACCAUCAGCUACACUGUUGGCAGAGCAGCCUGACAACCCACUCGGGCCUCUGUGAAAAUAUCCUUAUUAUAGCAGUCUAGGACUAAAUAACUAGCCAUUAGUAUGUAAGCAUGGCUUGUUUGUCUGAGUGCAUAUGCAUUUUUCAGGAAUUUGAAGGGAGAUACUAACUCUCUCCAGGACAAAAGUUAUUUAGUGCAGUCACUGGAAUGAAAGGACUCUAGAAAUGCUCUGGUAAUCAUCACUCGACCAUAAUUAACAAUUAGAAAACACAGGACGUUAUUGUACAGAGAGAACUUAUAUUUAUUUUUCAAAUCAUUCAUAAAGGCAUAUUUAAUUUACUUACAAUACUCAAAAGAUCUCAAAAAUUUUACACUAUCAAGGAAAUAAAGUCUCAGGACAAGAAUCUGAUCCAUUAUGUGGCUUCAAAAGACCCAGUCUUCUUGAACCUAUUUUAUUCUGUAUUGAAAUCUUUGGGUAAUAAUGACACUGUAGUCACUUCUCAAAUACUACUUAGUCUAGAGAUGCCAAAGGGAUGAAGAAAUGGCCAAAUGGCCUUCAUUAAUUUGUGCUUAAUGUGCCCACAUUAAGAAUUAUUAUCAUUGUGUCACAGACUAACACCACGAGGGCAAAAGAUACAAGCCAAUUUACUUUGAAUCCUGCACAGUGCUGCACUCUGCCUUGUGCAGAUACAGCACAAGAAAUAGACUUGUGCAGUAUUUCCUGAUGCUCCGUACUUUUCUCCUCUCCUUACUUUUCUUUCAUAUACAUUCAGUCCCCUUCUAGUGAAUAUACCUUUUGCAUAUACCUAUCGAAUACUCUCUGCCAUCAAUAUAGAAGUAUGCCAUUUCUUAGCACCUGCAAAAUUAUAUGAAAUCAAAUGUAGCUGGAGUUAAGCAGCUUUUGUCCUCCAGUGGUGUGAAUUUUUCUCAUGCGGAAAUACAUUCCAUUUGCUUGCCUUAUAUCUCCAUUAACAAUGUUUAGUUUACAAGUGAUAUUAGGACAAAAACUUUCCACUAUUCAGGCUGUAGAAGUAUACCUGAGUAAAUAUUUGGUUUCUUUAUUCAAAAUAAGUGUGAUUUCUUGACCAUAGGGUAAUCUGAAAAAAAUUGUCUGUGUAAAAGGUAGAACAGGAUUUAUCUCCUACUCUGCCCAUGCACUUCACUGAAUAUGCUGGAAGGUCCUUUCAGACUUCUUUUCAAAAUAUUGCAGCUACAUUACGUAGCUGCUUAUUUCCCCUGCUCUGAGACAGGAACUAUCAGUAUGAAAAAUGCAAGAGAAACUUAAACUAAUAUGCAUGAGUAACAUUUUUGGGGUUGGGUUGGUUUUUAGUCUGUGCAGUGCAUAUUGACUGACAUGGAAUCCAUCAUUAGAGGUAAAAUAUAAAGACUAAAGAUUGGCAGCUGCUCUCAGAAGCAAGCUGCAUAGGGAAGGAUCAUUGAAGUCCAUGUACUAAGUGCACAAAAGUGCGCUUAGUUAAAGCUUAAAAAAGCUGGAAUUACCAUUCAUUGCUUUCUGAAAGGAGUAAGAAAAUGCUAAAUACAAUGUGAAAUUUUGUAGUUGUAAGCUGUAGAUGUUAGAAGAUGUCAGUGAAGGAGAUGUAAUUUUUUUUAUAUGAAUUAUCCCUGGUUUUCUAGAGAUGUCCCCUUACCCAGUUGCCUCUUACCCCAAUUCUUCCUGCCUCAAAACUGACCAGCAUUCAUGGGACUUCUGCCUAGCAGAAAGCUGGAACUGGGUUCCUACCCCUGCCACCCUGCAGCGGGAAGGGUGUGGACCACACCAGUCAAGUUGUUACAAGAAAAAGUCAUAAGCUUCCUGCUUCUAUUUGGAGAUAGCGGGUAUUUUUGUGAUAGAAAUAGAGAUAACAUUGCAGGAAUCUGAUGAACAUAUUUUAUGUGUUUCCUGAUAUAUUUUUCUUAUGCUGUUACUUGAAAGUUUUCUGUUCUUCUGAUUAUGGUGCAAAACAAGUCCCAGAGAAAAUAUCUGAACAUAUUUUAUAUAAAUUGACAUUUGCCUGUUCCUUCCUGAUUUUGCUAUAUAUGGGGAAAUUACGUGCAGUAAUUAAGCAGCUCAGAAAUUGCUUUCAUAAAAAGGAAUUUGUAAUUUUACUCCUUAUCAAAUGCUGAUUUUCUUCAGCCAGACCAGUGGAGCUGAAUGUAUUGUGAACUUAUAAAAUAACAGGAAAGAGUAGAAAGGAGACCCUCACCUACUGCUGUGUAAAAAGACAGUAACUGAGCAUUCACUCAAAGUCUAGUAUCUAUUAAUCUAGUCAUAGCCACCCAUUCAGAUACAAUACAAAAUAUUACCAUUUUUUAAAUUACUGGAUAAGUUGAUCUUUUUUUUGCUAACAAGUACCUUACUGUGCAGCAAUCCUUCCACUAAUUAAAUUCUGUCUCAGUAAACUCUCAGAAAGAAUAAUUGGCCCUAGCUCAUAUUGAUGGUGAUUUGCAACACUAGCACAGUAAUUAGAAGAGUAGAAGUGGAUAAUGAUGGAAAACAAUCAUUUUCCUCGUCUGCAAUGUUUUAGAGGAACCUUCCCUUUCGCAACUAAUAAAAAUAAAGUAAGGAAAGGUAUACUGAGAGAGACUCAAAUGCUUUCAUUGGUGUUCUCUCCUCUUGAAUGACUGCCAGCUCUGCAGUCCUGAGGGCAGAAGGUGGAUGGCCAUGUGUGUUCGUACAAAAGUGAAUGCAUUGGUCCAGGUCAAGUGGCCUAAGAGAGCUCACAUUUCUCCUUUUACUGCAUGGGUAUCAGCCCAAAAUGUGCUGUCAAAACUUGGCUCCCACUGAACUAUCACAGUGGAACAUUGUGCUCCUAAGAGAUUUUCUCCUGCCAAGAUGCUUUAACAUCCCUUUUUUUUUUAAUUCCCCACAUAAAACUAAUCAGGUGGCACCUUCCCGUGUGGAAAUUUCCUUGCAAAUAUAUUACUGUAAUCUACAAAUGACUUUUACCCUGUAUGCCCCUGAUAACAAUUGCAUUAAUAUAAGCUGAUAAACUCAUUUCUUUAGUUGCUGCUCAUAGAGUGGCUUGCUAGUUAAGAUAAAAAGUAAAUUAUGGGAUAUAAAAGACAUAUCUGAUUGUACAGUAAUACACUGUGUGCCAAGCAGUUGGUGAGGUAAGGUUUACAUAACCACUAGAGGUUGCUUGAACUUUUGAGAUAUAUUUCCAUGUACUUUUUUCCUCUCUGAACACAAAACAGGCAGAACAGAGAACAAGCAAUUAAGAAAAGUGUAAUUGUUUUGAUUAUAGUGAUUUGAGAUUAGAAGUUGCAAGUGGGUAAACAAUCUAGAGAAAGUGUUUUGAAGUCUUCAUCGUGUAGAUGAGGUCCUGUGGGGAAACUGUCGUUCCCUUCAGUGUGGCAGGAUUCUCUUUAGAUGCAGAUUUGUAGAAGGAAAUUUUGACUCCAUCCAUAUCCUACAAUAUUCUUUGGCUGCUAUUAAUUCACUUAAUGACACCGUUGGUUGCUAGGUGAAAUUGCUUUGUGCUCUCGUAGCCCCCUUUUCUGGGGGCUGAUCCAAGCCCUGCUCCAGCUGAUGGAAAGACUCCCACUGUGAAUCUGAAAUGCACAUAUUUCCACCAGAUAGGCAGGAGGUGGGCAGCUUGGAGCUGGGCUGCCUGGCCUCCUGUCAGCAUCACAGACCUCCACCUGUGUGCCCAACACUUGCACUCACUGGGCACAAGCCUGCAAAGAUAUUCUCUUGGAAAACAUAGAGCAAUCAGAGUGAGCCAUCCUCAAAACAUAGAUUGAUAGAUCCAUUCUUCAGCUUCUCUUCCUCCUUCCUGAUGCCCAGUGACAGCAUAUUCACACAACAAAAAUAGUGGCUUCUAAAAUAAUUUCCAUCUGGACUGUAAAGUGCAGUGGUCUUUAUUCCCAGUAGCAUUAGAGAAAAAUGGAAAUGGCGAAUUGCUCAGCUCUUCCCUGUUUAUGACUUUUUUCCUUUCUUUCUCAUUUAAAUGAUGUACUCAGUAAAUUUAUUUGUUUGGAGGAAAGAUUGUAGGUUACUGAUGCAGCAUUCUGACAGAUAUUUUAGCAUAUUCAGACAAGAGAAAAUUCAGUUGCACAAAUAGACAUUUUGGAUUUCUUUUUUCUUUCUUACCAAAUUCGUUGCAGACAGUUCAAGACCCACCUCUGUCUGAACAAGUGUCUUCCUGUAUUUUUGACAACUGAGCAAUUUUCUCACACAUACCAGUUUGCUCAAAGUUCUUUCUCUAUCUGUUUUCUUACUAAUGGUUUCUGAAUUAGCAAGCUUUUGACCUUCUGAUGGUGCACAGAGUCUGCACCAGCCUAACUACGCAGAGUAAUCCACCUGUGGUAUGAAUUUCCUCUACUUUACCUUAUCUUGUAGCUUGAACUAGACCCUUGGCUUUCUCAGUCAUCACAAACUCACAGCCUAGGAGUUUUGUCCAAUGCUUUUAAUCCUCAUAAUAUUUAAUAAAAGAAUCAAAUGCAUAUAAUUGAGGUGUUGAAAAUACUAAUCUAUAAUCUAACCCAUUACUUCAAAGUACCACAUCAAAUAUAUUUUCCCAUUAUUUGUGGAAGCAAAUAUCUCAGUGCAUAGCCGUGACUAGCUAUGUAGUCUAUAUUGACAUCUAAUGCAAAACAGAUAUUUUUCAAAUAGUUCAUUAAAUAGUGUGAUCUAAUUCAUCCUGGCUGAACAGACAUAGUUUAGCUCAAUCCUGCGGUUAAGCCUUCUCCAAAAUUUGCAUUAAUAUCAAUGGAAAUUCUAGCAAGAGGAGAAAAAUCAGUCUCUCAUUAUAGGACAGAUAAAUAACACUUCAGUUUUAUAUUUCUAGCUAAUAAAUGCAAUCAAAUUACUUAAAAUAUAAACACUCAAAGCCUGUUCUGUGCCCUCAGGGAACCCCUUUCUCUAUCCCAGUGCAGUAAAGCUGCAUAUAGCAGGAUAUAUUCCACUAAUACAGUAAAAAAUAUAUGGGUGUAUAAGAAUAAACAGCUUAAAAAAAAUCAUACUGUAAAUGAUGUGAUUGAGUGAAACUGUGUGUGUAUUUUUAAGUCUUCAGCAUAGUUGAAGUUUUAACUUAUUUCAAAUUUUUAAGUUGAAAUCUAUUAAUAUUUGGAAAUUUUGUACAACCUUGUAAAGUUAAAUACUAUGUCACUGUAAUUUAUUUUUGUUGUCAUAUAUUGACACAUGCUCAUUUAUAUAUGAAGUGUAUUGUUUAUCAAUUGCUUCUAA